AUGCAACUCAGCUGCCUGUGUGGCCUGGCUCUGUUAUCCUGGAUCACCUGGACUGCCUGUUGGAUGAUGUGGGUGAACAACUGCCUUCCAAUAAUGAUGUAUUGCCUGCAACACCUUCUAAACCUUGGAAAAGUCAGGCAGAACACAAGCACUGGCCAUUCCACAGGGUGGAACAAUGGAAUGGCACAUUCUUUGAGGAAUAAUCCCUGUGGCUGUUUGGUACUGCAUGUUGGGCAUGGUGGGAAGCACUGCCCGGCCAGUGGUUGUUCAAAUGAUGAAGUCACAGCUGAGGAGGAAGAUGAUUGGGAGGAUGUGGAUCAAGAUGGUUGUCCACCAAAUCUGCAGGCCCUGAAGAACCAAAGCUGUCUAAUUGUCAUGCACACCAACAGAAUACACUACUGCAAUGUGCAGUAUUGUAGACGCCCUGGGGCAGAGGAUUCACACAUACAGCUGAUGUGGGCUGGGAUGUUUCCUGCUACCACAAAGGCUGCAAGGACUGCAUUUACCUUCCAAGUACUCCCUGACUUUGUUCAGGACAAUGUGGAAUGUGGUACCUCAGUGAUGAAUUUCUACAGCAAACUUCGCUGCAUAACCUCCAAUGCCUUUCCUCAUCUGGUGCCAGAUAGGUACAGGGAACUGCUGAGAGUUGCUAGGAUGUGGCAGCUCCUGAAACUACUGAAAUGGCAGGGAUCCCACACAAGUGCAGAAGAUGCUGGCCCUGGGGAAUUAGUGUUAUUCUGUCCAGCAUGUCCUCAGCCUGGCAUCAACAUUCCUGAAGAUGAAACAGAUUAUUCCCAUUGGACACUGGCAAGAAGCUUGGUCAUGGAUGGGAAUUUCAAGGCAGAGCAUAUGCAUCCAAAGGAUGCUGGCAGUGAAGCCUGGUUGAUAGAUGGAAAGGGGUACAUGGUCACAUCACAGCCAUACAAGGAAUAUUUGAGCAGCACUAAAAAUGUGGUUGAGAUCUUGGAUUGCAGCAAUCAUCAGGCAGUUAAUCAAGCAAAUGCCAACUGGCAGCAGCUCGCAUCUACAGGGAUAGGUGGAUGUGCCUGUGUGUGGCAUGGCUGUUUUGUGCCACAUGCAAUGGUUGACUUCCAGAAGGGCAAACAGCAGGUUAACAUGGACUAUGCACUUGUGCAUGCCAUCAGGCAUGGCACAGUCCCUGGCCAGCAAGUGAUACAUUUCUAUGAUAUUAACUGCCAGUAUAGCAAAGAUGGCAUGUGGAUCUGCCCUGGCAUUGGGUUGUGGCAUGUUCAUGGCCACCACACAGAAUGCUCUGCACAAUAUGCUCCCAAUUUCAUUGUGGGUGCUGGCUGGGUGGAUGGGGAGAUCAUGGAAACAUUGUGGUCCUCCCUGAAUAUCAUUUCCCCAUCUGCUAGAGGCAUGGCCACUCCCCAUCGGCAGGAGGCUACAGCAAUGAGACUCAAGUGGAAACUCAAGGUUGCUGAGGAAUCUUAUUUAGUGGUUGAAGGCAGGUUUGCUGAUUUGAAUGGUAAUGUCCCACUGGCAAUCAGCCAAUCAUGGGGGGAAGAAGUGGCAGUGGCAUUAGAAAACCAGCUAUCAAGGCCACAGGCCAUGAAUAUAUAUGAGGUCAGGCUGCAGAAAGGAUUUGUGCUGAGUGGUAUUGAAGCUCCCUCUGCAAAGGCAAUCAAGAUAGAUUUACUGGCCAUCCCCCAGCCAGGGCAUUCACAGGGUAUGGUGACCUGGAUUGUGAAGGCAUUGAGGAUAGAGGAAGCACAAAUCCAGCUUACAGUGGCAUGA